AUGGGAUCCUCCGGAAUUGAAUAUGCGCUAGACAUGACAGUCCUCGGACUGAAUAGUGGGACAUCCAUGGAUGGUAUAGACUGCGCCCUUUGUCGUUUUCGCCAGGAGACACCGGACUCGGCGAUGCAUUUCGAGUUAUUACAGUAUGGCGAAGUUCCUUUAGAACCGGUGAUCAAGAAACGCGUGAUGAACAUGAUCCUGCACAACAAAACAUCGCCUUCAGAGCUCUCGGAGGUCAAUGUGAUUUUGGGGGAGACCUUCGCAUCUGCCGUACACCAAUUUUGUAAGGACUACCAUAUCGAUAUUAACACGAUCGAUGUCCUGGGGUCUCAUGGUCAAACCAUUUGGCUUCUUUCCAUGCCAGAGCCUGGUGAAACCCGAAGUGCCCUGACGAUGGCAGAAGGAACCUUUCUGGCCUCUCGUACAGGCAUCACCUCCGUGACCGACUUUCGUGUUAGUGAUCAGGCAGCGGGGCGUCAAGGCGCGCCAUUAAUUGCCUUCUUUGAUGCACUGGUGCUGCACCAUCCGACCAAGCUACGUGCUUGUCAAAAUAUUGGCGGCAUAGCCAACGUUUGCUUUAUUCCUCCCGAUACACAUGGUGGUGUAGAUGCUUGCUAUGACUUUGACACUGGCCCCGGAAAUGUGUUUAUUGACGCUGUCGUGAGGCACUAUACAAAUGGAGAGCGUGAAUAUGAUAAGGACGGUGAGAUGGGUACCCGUGGCAUUGUCGACCAGGAACUAGUGGAUGAUUUCUUAAGUCACCCGUAUUUUUCCUUAAAACCACCAAAGACAACCGGCCGCGAAGUAUUUCGUGAUACGCUUGCCCACGUGUUGAUCCAAAAGGCAGAGGCCAAGGGACUCAAGCCGGAUGAUGUUGUUGCUACUAUAACUCGUGUCACAGCGCAGGCCAUCGUGGAUCACUACCAUCGAUAUGCGCCUCAGGACCUUGAGAUUGCUGAGAUCUUCAUGUGUGGCGGUGGUGCUUAUAAUCCGAACAUCGCUGCCUUCAUUCAACAGCGUUAUCCUCAUACCCGGAUUAUGAUGUUAGAUGAGGCGGGGAUUCCAGGCGGUACGAAAGAAGCUAUUACCUUUGCCUGGCAAGGUAUGGAGGCGGUGGUCGGUCGCUCCAUUCCUGUUCCAACCCGGGUUGAGACUCGUGAACCUUAUGUUCUGGGUAAGGUAUCACCCGGAAAGAAUUAUCGCAAGGUGUUGCGUCACGGUAUGCUUUUCGGGGGUGACCGAGAUUAUCUUCCGCCUGUGAAAGAGUUGGUGAACUAUGUGGAUGGGAAAGUUUUCAACAAUAAGUGGCGAUAA